GAGCUGCGGCCCCGCGAAGGAGCGUUAGAUAGGCGCUCUUGGUGCUAGUUCGCCCAACUGACAAUUAGCGAGUGGGGUGAGCAGAGAGAUGUCAUCCCUAAGGAUCUGAGGAGCGACUUUGGGUGCGCGAAAGAUGAAGGGAGGAGAGCCAAUCUCGACGGUCUGGCAGUGACGUCCUUUUGGAGGCCAAGACGGAGGCUGAUUGAAGGAGCUCGUGGCUGUUGGGGCUCCGCCGGCAGUGACAGCAGUGGGAUGAUGAUGAUGAUGGUGACACCUAUGAACCUCCUCCAUCUGAGAGACAAACAAUGAAAAUGGCCUUUCCACCAUCAGAGGAAGACAACAUCUACCUGGACACAUUGGAUCCAAGCAAGCCCCCGCCUCGUCUUCCAAAGAACACAAGACCUUUUUCACCUUUAGCUUCUAAGGGCAGAAUCACUGACUCCAGCAUGAGGCCAGCUCCAAAGAACCUGCCGGAAGAAAACCUUUCUGAAUCUGAUGAAGAUGUCUACCUCAUCCCCUCUGAAGAUCAGACUGAAGAAGCAGAUUGGAGUCAGCCUGUGGCAGCCUAUCCACCGAUUGUACACAGAGCCCAUAAACCUCCAAUGCCUUCUGCCGUCCCGAUACUCCCAAUCAAGAGCAGCUCUUUAGUGAAGCCACCACUGCCAAGAAUGAAGUCGACCGAUGUCAGUUCUUCUCCUCCAGAUCAUGAACAGGGAAGAAGAUCCUCCUGGCCAGUGAAACCAGCACCCCCUCCGCCACAGGUCAAGCCUGUAAAACUUGUCCUGCCCAGCCCUGUUUCUCCAAAGCACCCUAUAGGCAAAGGAGCUUUUCAGCAACAGUCUGAGGUGAAAGCUUCCACUGCACAACAAGUAACCCGAGAAGACCUCUGCCACCAGCUUAAGAAUUUCUUCCAAACCCCAAACACUCAGGAAUUUGGGCUGCAGGGCAGGGAGUGGUUUGCAGGCAACUGUGAUCGGAAGACGGCUGAGGCAGCACUAACCCGUGUCAACAAGGAUGGCGCAUUCCUGCUGCGCAACAGUUCAGGCCAGGAGACAAAGCAGCCAUACACCCUGGCAGUUCUGUUUCAAAAGAAGGUCUACAACAUCCCAGUGCGUUACAUGGAAUACAGCCAACAGUACGCACUGGGCAAGGAAGGCAAGAAGAGCGAAGAGUAUUUCAGCAAGGUUACAGACAUCAUUGACUACCACAGUAGAAACCCCAUCAUGCUGAUCGACAGCAAGACCAAUGCGAAAAACAGUGUGUGCCUCACACAUCCCACCACCGUCUGAUCCUUACCUCAAGAGAGUCGGCGGGUCAGCGGGACAUCUGAGCUGAAGGCCACCCUGCAGAGGCACUUGAAAGCAAAAUCAGGCAAACUGGAAGCCACCACAUUUACUUUAUACGGGGAGGUGCUCCUCGUCACAGAAAGGGGCAGAAAUGGGAGAAUAGAAAUGUGUGUGCCUCCUUUAGCUCGCCUGCUUGAGGAUAACAGUUCAAAGCAGACUUUCAUCUGUAGCACUUACGACAGCUUGGCGAGCACUUUCAUCUUGGGCCUGAAGGAUGCUAUGACGAAAAAACAUUUUUCUGUAAUAAAUAGUCCUCAGAAUGUGUAUAGUCUGGUUUUACGUCUGGAAUAAAAAUUUAACGAUCA